AUGAAAAAGUUCAAGAGGAGACUUUCCCUAACACUACGUGGGAGCCAAACCAUUGAUGAGUCACUUUCUGAACUUGCUGAACAAAUGACAAUUGAAGAAAACAGCAGCAAAGAUAACGAGCCCAUUGUGAAGAAUGGCAGACCACCAACAUCUCAUAGCAUGCACUCAUUCCUUCAUCAGUACACAGGAUCCUUCAAAAAACCGCCACUACGAAGACCGCACAGCGUUAUAGGUGGCAGCCUUGGCUCUUUCAUGGCAAUGCCAAGGAAUGGGAGCAGACUAGAUAUUGUACAUGAAAAUCUGAAAAUGGGAUCAGAUGGUGAAAGUGAUCAAGCUUCUGGAACAUCAUCUGAUGAAGUCCAGUCUCCCACCGGUGUUUGCCUCAGAAAUCGGAUACACAGGCGGAUUUCUAUGGAGGACCUGAACAAACGUCUGUCACUACCCGCAGACAUCAGGAUACCUGACGGAUAUCUUGAAAAGCUUCAGAUAAACAGUCCACCAUUUGAUCAACCAAUGAGUCGUCGUUCUCGCAGAGCAUCAUUGUCUGAAAUUGGUUUUGGGAAAAUGGAAACUUACAUCAAAUUGGAAAAGCUUGGUGAGGGCACCUAUGCCACUGUAUAUAAGGGAAGAAGUAAGCUGACAGAAAACCUGGUCGCUUUAAAAGAAAUAAGAUUAGAGCAUGAAGAGGGGGCUCCAUGCACAGCCAUUAGGGAAGUGUCGUUACUGAAAGACCUAAAACAUGCAAAUAUUGUUACGCUGCAUGAUAUUGUUCACACAGACAAAUCUUUGACUCUGGUCUUCGAGUAUCUGGACAAAGACCUAAAGCAGUAUAUGGAUGACUGUGGGAACAUCAUGAGUAUGCACAAUGUAAAGUUAUUUUUAUACCAGAUUCUGCGUGGUUUGGCAUACUGUCACAGAAGGAAAGUGCUACAUCGAGACCUAAAACCACAAAAUCUGCUAAUUAAUGAAAGAGGGGAAUUAAAACUAGCGGACUUUGGCUUGGCUAGAGCAAAAUCGGUCCCUACAAAGACCUACUCCAAUGAGGUUGUCACAUUAUGGUAUAGACCUCCGGAUGUUCUUCUGGGAUCUUCUGAAUAUUCAACACAAAUUGAUAUGUGGGGGGUUGGAUGCAUAUUUUUUGAAAUGGCAUCUGGAAGACCUCUCUUUCCUGGGUCAGCUGUUGAAGACGAAUUGCACUUAAUUUUCAGACUUCUAGGAACUCCAUCACAGGAAACAUGGCCAGGUAUUACAUCCAGUGAUGAGUUUAGGAACUACAACUUCCCCAAAUACAAGCCACAGCCUUUAAUCAACCAUGCACCAAGGCUAGACUCAGAAGGAAUUGAAUUAAUAGUAAAGUUUCUUCAAUAUGAAUCAAAAAACAGAAUUUCAGCAGAAGAGGCUAUGAAGCACGCGUAUUUUAGAAGCCUUGGAACGAGGAUACAUUCUCUACCAGAAAGUGUGUCAAUAUUCACUCUGAAAGAGAUUCAGCUGCAGAAAGAUCCCGGCUUUCGCAAUUCCACUUAUCCAGAGACAGGACAUGGGAAGAACAGAAGGCAAAGCAUGCUUUUCUGAGGCGGGCAGCACAGUUUCAAGCCCAGGGCUGUCUUAAACCUCCAUCAGGGGACUCCAGUCUGAAGACAGUUCUUCUCUUGGUGGACUUGAAAUCUGUAUGUCUACACUGUCCUCCUCACAAAGCAGUCUUUUUAUUUCAGACCUGCUGGUUAACGUUUUUUAUAUUUGUUGUCACAGUGUGACAAAUUUUUGUACAGUCGGUUUUAAGGUCUCCUCUGCCAUUAGAGCCAGUAGGUUACAGCUGUUAAUGUAACAGUAGCUGCCAUUUUUGUGCAGGACUGAGAAAAACAGUGCAUUAUUUAUUGCGGAAUCAUUGCUGCUAAAUAACUACUGUCUGUAUAGUAACCAACAGUUGAAAUGCCUGCAGAAGUUGCAAUGGCUUUAUAUAAUCUGUGAAUGCAUCAGUUUCUCUUCAUGAACUAUUGCUGCAGUUCAUUCUCUCUCUCUCUCUCUCUCUCUCUCUCUCUCUCUCUCUCUCCCC